AUCUCUGCACUGCUUUCCCUGAGUAGUUCUGGAGGAAUGUGAUUUAACAUUGGAGGGACUUUGGCACAAACCGGUUUGACCACUUUGUGGAUUGGAUUUCACAGUGGAAACUGAGAUUGUAUCAAGGAAAGCCCUGCUUCCUACCUAUUGUCUGGGUGCACCUGCUUUGGUUUUCCCUUCAGACUGAAGAGACCUGCAAAAGAAGAAGAUGAAAUCAACAACAGCAAAAAUAUGUUUCCUACUUAUCUUUAUUAUGUGCUUUAAUCAUAUAUGUACCAUGGAAUGCCCAAAUGGACAGUUUGCUCUCAAUAACCAGUGUGUGGAUUGCCAUUCGAGCUGUGAAGAAUGCAGCGGCUAUGAGCCUUAUGAAUGCACUGAGUGUGGCAUAGAUCAGGAUGGAAUAGAGCGAUUUCUUCAUCGCAGUCGCUGUAAGAUACACUGUCCCCGAGGUUUUUACAAGGAGUAUGACACCUACACCUGUGAAACCUGUCCAAUAAACUGUGAGCUAUGCACUGACUCCAAUAACUGCCAGAAGUGCAAGAGCAACUACAGGUUGCAAAAUGGGGCAUGUUAUUUAGCUGAGUGCCUGCCAGGGCAAGUAGAAGAUCCUGAUACUGGAGAAUGCCUUGAUUGUGAAUCAGGCUGUAAAACCUGCACAGUAGAUGGUCCUGAAAUUUGCAUCAGCUGCAUAGAGGGCUAUCUUCUCUAUCGUCAUCAGUGUCGCAGACACUGCCCCCAAAAAACAUAUGAGGACGUAAGCAGAAAACUGUGUUUUGCGUGCCCAUCAGGAUGCCUUGAUUGUAAGAAUGAUACACAUUGUUCCUCCUGCCAGACUGCAUACUACUUACAUGGUGCUGUGUGUUUGCUUAAAUGCCCAGAUGGCACAUUCCAGGAUGCAAAAAGAUGGCAAUGUGAAGAAUGUCAUGGAUCCUGCAGGUCCUGUCAUGGUCCAUCAGUGACGGAUUGUGAUUUGUGUCCUGACCAGAAGAAACCAAUUUAUGGAAUGUGCCAUAUUCUAGCCUGUUUUGAUGGUCAUUAUUUUAAUGUUGCAGAUGGCAAAUGCUACAAAUGUCAUUCAUCUUGUCAAAGUUGCUUUGGUCCAGAGGAGCUGAACUGCUUUUCCUGUUAUGCUGGUCACUUCUUGAAUGAAAAGAAUCAGUGUCUUGUGAACUGCCCAGAGGGAUUCUUCGGAGACUUGAGCAGCAAAACAUGUGUAAAAUGUUCUGCAACCUGUGAAAUCUGUAGAGGUUCCAGUGAUGACUGCUUAAAAUGUAAGGGAGAUGAUGAGCACAAGUUAUUUCUCCAUGAAGGAAAUUGCCUUCCCAACUGUCCAGAAGGCUACUUUGAAAAUGCUGAUGGCUCUUGUGAAGCAUGUGACAUGUCCUGCUGGGCUUGCGAUGAGAAUAAAAUGAAAUGCUUGUCAUGCGUGGAAGGCUUAUACCUUGAAAGCAGCAAGUGUAAGUCUAAUUGCUCUUUGAAGUAUUUUCCAGAUGAUGAUGGCAACUGUAAACGCUGUCCAGCCCACUGCAAUUUCUGUAAAGAUGAAAACACCUGCUUGGAGUGCAGUUACUUGUAUUUUCUCUUCAACGGCACCUGCAAGGCCACUUGCCCUGAUGGUUACUAUGAGGAUCUGGAUGCAGUAAGGUGCAUUCCGUGUCACUUUAGCUGUCAGACAUGCUCAGGAACAUCUGAAGAUGACUGUGAAACCUGCCAGGACUCUACUCAUAAAUUGUACCAAGGAAGGUGCCUAACAGAUUGCUCAAGUGAAACUUUUUUUAAUUCUGCCGUCGCUGAAUGUCAAGAUUGCCAUAAAACUUGCUCAAAGUGUUCUGGUCCGGAGCCAACAGACUGCAUCCAGUGUCAAAACAGACUUUCAAUGGACCCAGAAAGUGGCAUGUGUGGGGUAGAAGGUGAUGCAAACUGCCCUCUGAAGACUUUCCUUCAAAAUGAUCUAUUCACAUGCAGCUCUUGUGAUAGCACAUGUGAAUCCUGCAAUGGGCCAUCUCCAAAGCACUGUCUUACAUGCUCUGUACCUUAUUACUUACACAAAACCACCUGUGUCAGCCAUUGCCCCCCAGGGACUUACAACACAACUGAAGAAGCAGAUGGCAUGAAACUUGGCUUCUGUUCUCAAUGCCACCAAGUAUGCACAACGUGCCAUGGAGGCUCUGCUAAGGAUUGUGAUGUGUGUGCUUCUGGAUACUACAAACUUCUUCACCUGUGCAUCCUUCAUUGUCCUCCAGGGUAUUAUAAAGGAAAUAACCGAUGUGAAAAGUGUGACCCCCAUUGUCAGCUCUGUGGUGGACCUGGUUUAAAUGGCUGUCUAGCUUGUCCUUCCAAUACUCUGCAAGUGGAAGGUACCACCCACUGUGUAGAGCAAUGCCCUGAAAGGUUUUACAUGUACAAGGACAAGUGCAGGAAAUGUCACCCUAGCUGUAGAACAUGCAAUGAUUCGUCAGUACAAGGUUGUCUGACUUGCGACAGAGGAAGCGAUUUCAAAUCAGGAAUCUGCUACCCCCGGUGUGAGGAGCAACGUUACCUUGACCAUGAUGGGGUUUGUCAGCUUUGUGAUCCGUCGUGCAGACACUGCUCUGGGCCUGGGGCCAAUCACUGCAUAUCUUGCAAAACCAACACUGCUUGGGCCCCAACGGAAAUGAAAUGCAUUAAGUGCUGUGAUUCUGAAAUGAACCAAGACGACUGCUGUUUUUGUGAUGUAAACUCAGUUCUGUGCAUAAGGCAUCUACAGGCUGAAUCAGAAGAAGAGUCCUUGAAGAACUUGAAUAACAAACACACCAUCUCUCAUUAUGCUGCUAUAGCGCCGGUUCUUGUUGUUUCUCUAGGAAUGGUGGCGAUAAUUGUAUUCUGUAUGAGACAUGCCAAAGCAACACGGAAACUCUGCUGGGAACACAGCUACGAAAGGCUAGGAGGAAGCUUACAAGACGCCUCUUUUUAUGACCAUGAAGAAGAAAGAAUGGGUCUCAGAAAAGCCACUGGGACAGAAGAGGACAGUUUAGAUGAAUGUGAUGUCAUUUAUAGCACUAAAGAUGGCACGGUGUAUAAAAAGUUUAGUUUUAAACCAAGCAAAGCAGGCAAAGAUAUGGAAGAUGGCCAAGCAUGUAUAUAGUGUGAUUCUCCAUAUCUCGUGAAGAUGAUGUUACAUGGUUCUGCAAUUUGGGAUAUCCUACUUCAUAUGCCACCAUCAGAUCAUUAUGCCUUGGGCACGUGACUUUAUAUUCUGGUGCCCAAAUUUAUUUAGUGCUACUAAAGAUGCCUGUCUUAACUGUGCUAAAGCACUUUUAGUUCCAUGGGAGAAAGAAACAUUGCCUGAGCAUAAUGUAUACAGUAUAAUGUAUCAGUUGAUGGUUACAAUAUACAUAGUUACAGCGAUGAUACAUAGUACAUAUGCCUGUGUGAUUUAGAGGAAAAAUAUAUUUGAUUUCCAGGUUCUUUAUAAUACAUAGUGCCAAAACACCUGAGAAGCCUUGCAUAUUAUUUGUAAAGAAAGUUUCUGCAUUAAGGCUUAACCUGAAGCAAACUCUUCAAAUUGAUUUACUAGCCAUAUGUACUGGUCACAAAAAUCCAUAAUUGUUAAUAAUUUGGAGCAUAAAAAAAAUCAAGAAAUCUUUAAGCUCCUGUAUUGUCCCAGUGAAAAUGAAAGAAAAUGGAAAGCUGCCCCUUAUAAAUUCAAUUAUGCAAUUUAGUACUUUAAUCAAAGUGCCAAACACGGACACAAGGAAACACAGGUGAAGAAGAAAUUGUGGCUUAAUUUAUAAGGGACAGCUUUCAUUUUCACUGGGACAAUACAGGAGCUUAAAGAUUUCUUGAUUUUUUUUUUAUGCUCCAAAUUAUUAACAAUUAUGGGUUUUUGUGACUAGUACAUGUGGCUAGUAAAUCAAUUUGAAGAGUUUGCUUCAGGUUAAGCCUUAAUGCAGAAACUUUCUUUACAAAUAAUAUGAGAGAUUUAUACCAGAGCACCCAUGUAAAUAUACAGCCAGAGAUCUUGGGGAAAGUUAAGAGAGUGAAAUUUGUAUCUCUCUAGUUUAUUUUGCCUUUUCUAUUGGAGAAUGAGGGGACAUUUACAACUGCAAGUACAGCUGUGGUUGCGCAAGUUUAUUGCAAUCAUUGUAGUUACACCCUUGUAGUUCAACGGGUUUAAUGAGUAUCCAAUGGGAGGAAAUUAAUACCUUCAGAUGGCUGGAAUGUGGAGCAGCUGGUGGGAAAAUGUAAACGGUGGCAAUCUUACUACUGCAAUAGUGUGUUUAAUCACGCAACAUGUUUAUCUGAGGUUUGAAUACUAUUGUUGAAUGUGUCUGGUUGGGACAUUCAAGGAUGUACCUGCUCUUACCAUGUAGGUAUAUACUUCUAUUGCCAGGGACAUUAUAUAGCUAGCAUAUCAGUUUUACCUUUGUCACUGUGCAAUUGCGAUAAAUGCUGUGGCCAUUAA